GCGCAGCAGUCAGUAAAGAACCGAGCGGCCGGCGGAGAGACACGAAGAGACGCGAUACGAGUGAAAGACGGGCAGAACUGGUCGGACUAUAACUGGGACAAAACAAAAGACGAAGACACUCGAAGAAACACUGACUCGCCGCACUGGUUUUAAGUCAACGUUCAACGAUACUGUUAUUUUUCGAAGUCACGAUACCUAAAAUGACGCCCGCGCUGCGUGUUUGCCUCGUGCUCCUUCUGUCCGCCUCCGUCCUGUCAGAGUCGGUGAGGGAGACAGAGACAUGGAUGCCCAUGAAGACCACUCAGACGGUCGCCAUGUCGACGCGCCACCACAGCGUGGAGUCCUCGGGGGACGGCUCCGACUUCGGCUUUACGGACGGCGAAGAGGAUAAAUACGAGGAGGAAGACGACGACGAUGACGAUGAUGACAACUACACUGACCCGAUGGACGAGGAGUUCUCCGGUUCCGGGGACGAAGACGCUCCUGUGAGGGAGUCGGAGCCGUCUGCUCAGCCCGAAGUCCACAACAAGAAGGUCCCGGAGGAGCGGCCGCCUGUGGACAGCGACCCGCGCGCCAACGAGAUCCCGAUGCCGACGGAGCCCGUCGACACACACCCGUCCAACGUCCUCAUGGCCCACGCCGGAGACAGCAUCUUCAACAAGACGGAGGUCCUCGCAGCUCUGAUCGCAGGCGGCGGUGUCGGCCUGAUGUUCGCCGUGCUCCUCAUCGUCCUCCUCAUCUACCGCGUGAAGAAGAAGGACGAGGGCAGCUACGACCUGGGGAAGAAGCCCAUCUACAAGAAAGCCCCCACCACGGAGAUCUACGCAUAGACACGAACCCAAUCAGCCUCACUGUGCCUCGUCAUCAUCUUCAUCGUACCUCCUCCGCUUGGCUCAACAGCCGCUAACGCAUCAGCGAUGGACUGACUCCUCCCACCUGAUGCAUCCUCUCGUUACUCCCCUCCAAUCGGAGGCUCUGUUGGGGCGUCUCAGCCCUCCCCCAUCAGGAGCAGAACACUAAACGCUGUGCAAUGAUUCUGUCUCGGUACAGUAAAGUCCAGUUAUUUAUUUUACCCUCUGUGAUCCUUUAGAGAAAAAGUACCUGUGUGAACACUUUUUAUUUUAAUUUUCUUUUUUUAGAACGCUUUGUAACGCAGAGAGAUUUCCUUUUAUUUUCUAUUAAAGAUUCCUUCAUGGCGGGAAAAGAAGUGAGCUCAGCGUUGGUCCAAUUCAUUGAGAUUUAAUAGAAACCGACGGUUCUCACGCUUCUUCCUCCUCGUCAGGCUGACGCGUAGCGCCUGAUAAUAUGCUAAGCUAAUCGCGUGGGAGAGUGUGUCUCUCACACACACACACGCCGGUACGACCCUGUUUAGGACUCUGGAGCGAUCAGCACCUCUCGCUCAGUUGGCGCCACAGCCUACAGACGGUUAGCUUAGCACAAAGACUGGAAACUGUUAGCAUGCCGUCGGCCAACAUCUCACGAUCAGAGUUUUUUUUAGUUUUUUUUCUCAAUGUCGUUUCACGGUCCUAAAGUUCUUCAGUUUGCAAGUCGUGAGCUGGAUGUGACGCUGAUGUGUGAUGAAAACUAAUAAUCCUCCACAUAACUUUUAAUUUAUUUUCAAAUGAAGAUUUGUGGGGUUUUUUACUCUUUGUAAACGAAGGAUGUACUCUGAGUGGUACACGGUUAUGUACUUUGUUACCUAGCUGUCUCCAGUCUUUGUGCUAAGCUAAGCUAACUGGAUGCUCGUCUAUGAAUCAGGAGCUUGUUAAAACAUUUAUUAAAGACUGUUGAACUGGUGAUUUUGGUACUUUUAGUGUCAAUCUUUCUCAAAAAGCUCCACUGACGUUCAAUAUUUCCGUGUUUGGGCCUCUGAGCCGGUUUGAUGUUCACGUUUUAUAACAGUUUGUGUAAAUAUUCAAAUAUUAACUUGGUACUUGGCCACAUAACUACCAAAUAUCUAAAUGCCAAAUUGUUUUGUUCCCCCCGACAUUGACGUUCAUGUGAUUUCCUGUAAAUUAGAACGGUUUUAAUGCUACGGAUGCUAACGCUAACUCCUCUUAUUGAUCUGUUGUUUUUUUAUCAUUAAUUUAAAUGUAAGAUAAUUCAAUUCCUUUCUUUCAGGUUGGGGUUUGUUCCCCUUUUUAAAGCUGUUGUAUAUGUGAUUUAAAAAAAGAUUCCUUUUUGUUCAGAGGCAAAUAGUUUUGAAAUGUUUCAUUUUUUUAAGUGUUUCUAUUCUCUUUAGACCGUGUUUGUUGUUUUUGUAUUUAUGUGGUUUGUUCGUAGAAGGACCGCUUGUGUGCUCGUUGUUCAGACGAAAUCAAGCUUCAACUUCUAGUUCUUUUUUUUAAUUUCUUUUGCUCCGAUGUCCUUUGAGAUUCCAGAGAAGAUCCGAUUUAACUUCACGUCUGUGUGGGUCGGACAGGAAGCUUCGCUCGGCGUGGAAGAGAAACGCGAUCUGCUGCUUGAUGUCGCAUAUGAAUCACAGCCAAUGAAUCAUUGGUUUCUUUCUAAAGGUUCUGAUGCAUUAUUGGAAAUAAAGCGAUUUUUAUGCACAUUAA